GGACUGAGGAGUGACUAGCCCGUGCCACCAUCGCGAACCAGUUGUUAGAGAGAGAGAGAGAUGGGUCUGAUUUCUCUCUCAACUCAGACUCAGUCUCAGUUUCAGGCUCUCUGAUGGGUGAGCAAACCCAAACCCAAACCCAAACUACUCAGCCACCCUCUUCUUUACCCGAGAAUCCAUCGCCGGCGAAGUCUCGGAAGAUGUCCUCUCACUCUUCUCCACGGACGGCCAUUUUUCUGCCAAUUACGAGACUGUUGUCUUCUGAUGAUGUUGUCGCUGCCGCUCUCCGCCACCUGAGAAGAUCCGACCCGGUUCUUGCUCCGGUGAUUGAUGCGUAUGAGCCACCGAAAUUCGAGAAUUCGGACACUCCGUUUCUGGCUUUAGCGAAGAGCAUUUUAUACCAGCAAAUUACGCACAAGGCCGGCACCACCAUUUACAACCGCUUUGUGUCGCUCUGCGGCGGGGAGACUAGGGUUUGUCCAAUCUCGGUUCUGGCGCUGACCCCUCCGCAGCUUCUCCAAAUUGGGGUUUCGGCUCGGAAAGUGAGCUUCUUGCACGACCUUGCGAACAAGUAUCGGACCGGAAUUUUAUCGGAUUCGAAGAUUUUGAAGAUGGAAGAUAGGGCUUUGGUUUCAUUGAUAGCGAUGGUGAAGGGUUUUGGCGUGUUGUCCGUACACUUGUUCAUGAUCUUCGCUCUUCACCGCCCCGAUGUGCUUCCGGUGGGCGACGCUAAUCUCCGAAAAGGGGUUCAAAUGCUCUACGGUCUUGAAGAAUUGCCGCGGCCUUCGCAGAUGGAGAAGCUCUGCGAGCGGUGGAGGCCUUAUAGGUCUGUUGCUUCUUGGUAUAUAUGGAGACUAAGUGAGGCCAAUGGAGUUCAGGGCAAGGCUGAAUCCGGAGAAACUGGUGCUGGAUCGCGUAAGGGACCUGCAACAACUUGAGGGUGUGGCUGGAAAUUGCGAAAAUUGGCUUCGUGAAUUCCGGGGUGGGGUCAGAAAGACAUUUUUAUGCCUGUGAUUGAAUUGGAAACCAUAUUUAGAGAAUACUUUCUGGCUAAAAGAAGAACCAAAAAGGGAAAGGGAAUUUCUCCGGCCACUGAAAGUAUAAAUAAACACAAUAGAAUUUUUAGUGGCCUUUAAUGCCACAUUAUUCUACGCUUAGUGGUGGACUUUUCUGUCACGAAAUACCUUACUUUAAAGUGCAAAUAAAACCUCAUUUUUUCAAUGCUUUUUUAGGUUUAUAUUUUUAAAGAACUGAAACCAUAUUUUCUAAAUGUGGUAUGAGUUUAUUUUGAAACUGAAUCUCUGCAGGUUUAGCUCUUUAUUAAAACCUGAAAUUGGGUUUGGCUUGCACAUUUUGUGUUGUUUUACAAAAGAAUGAUUUUUGAAACUAUUGUGGCCGAAUCCUUGGUCGAUGAAGGAUUUGUAUCAUGCACAAAAUUUUCAAAAUCAUACAAUUUGGGGGAAAACUCCUUUUUGAAGGAUUGAUUCGGCUGGAGCUCCUAUUCUUUGUAGAAAAUGUUUCAAUCUUCAAUCUUUUGGAAAGACCCCCUAGUUUUUUUAGGGGCUUUUAUAUUUAUGGACAUGUGUUGAGGGAGAAUCUAUU